AUGAUCUACCAAAAGUCUUUGAGAGACACACAAGAGGCUCUGAAAGUCCAUAUCAAUGACUACUACGAGAUGCUUGAGUACCUUUCUAGGUGGGCAGAUAUCCCCUUUCGAGUUACAUUCCAGAAAGACCUAUUCUCAAACUCUAAAAUGGCCGAAAUCAUUCGAUACGUUGUCGAACGUCACAAUGUUCUUGGAGAGCAGCUCUCUCCAAGAUAUCAAAAGCUAGGGAUUCGUGCAGCAUGCCCUGUUGCAGGAUGCUUUCUGUCCGAGAAGCAUGGUCGACUCAAUUAUUACAAACUCUGCGAACCAGGAAAAGGUUUAGUGGGUGGAAAUGAAGUUCAGAUCUCAUUCCAGUGCCCAUAUCAUGGCCGCCACAGAGUUCGGUCAUCCUCUUUCACAGAUCUCAGACGUCUUGAAGCCAAUGCGCCGUCACGCAAUCUAAUCCGCAUCAUGAGUAACCUCCUUGACACCGAGACCCAUCACAUUCGUGUAACAGGUUCGGAUUAUGCGGGGCUAUACCAAGAAGCCUUUCUGUAUCGGCCUUUGGCAGAAUGGUCGGUAGUGACGGGCCAUGCAGCUCAACGCACGCCUCACAUCCUCUACUCUCCUCUGGUUGUGGACUGGAGCGGUGCUAAAUUAUCAAAAUCUUUAUAUCUCCAGGGGGAUAGCUAUGAGUCGAUAAAACUGUUUGGGACAUACGGUUUGGUGGGAUACUGCAAAAUGGGCAAAGGGACAGGCGUGGAUAACUCAGUACGGUUGCAUGCACUUUGGCUGGAGGUUGGUAAAUGGUUCGAGGACCCAAAGAUGCUGUUUCGCGCAUACUCCGUUGAGUAUUUCCACUUGAUUAUGCAGGGUAAAGCUCAAAUGAGUUGA